AUGGCCCGCUGGAAGCUCACAACUCCAUUUGAGCCCAACUACAUCGUGCACCUAAGAUUCUACCAUCGAGUCAUGCCUACUGAAUCCGUCGGGGCUCAUUCCGGUGCUUCCUGUGCGUCACACUCGCCCCGUAAACGCAACAAGCACAUGACUCUGGACGAGCGCCGUGGUGUCUAUGAAAUGCUCCUGGGCGCUGCUGUGAACGGGGAUAUCCCACUUGGAGUUCUAACAAAGACGGCACAGCGCUUUGGCUGCCACCCGCGGACAAUUUCACGGCUCUGGCGACGUGCCAAACUCUCUGUCCACGGCGACGGCGCUGGCCCGCCAGACACUUCGAUCUUUGGCCAUUGCCAGUGGUGUCCCGAAGACAUCACUUUUUCGGCACAAGAAAAGUACACCAAGAUUCAAGGCCAGAAGCUCGUCUGCAGUACGCAAUGUCCUUCGUUCGACCCUUGUUAG